AUGGCCGAAGAUCGCAUCAAAUCGAAAAUGCGGCGACCGCAAUCCGUCGAAUCACAUAUUUCGCGACACAAUCAACAGCAUCGUCCGUCGAAAACCAUCGCGAUGCUCAUGCCGCCUUUAAUGUUCGGCGAAUCGUUUCGAAAGUAUCGCAGAAACGGUCUCCGAAAUAUUCGAAUGACUGGCCAUUUAAAUUGGAAAGAGAUAAAGCAUAGGUUCGAAAAGCAAUCAACAUUUCACGGAAUCUCGCAUGCUGCUACAGCCCCAUCAAAACAAUGGCAAUGGUUUUGGUACGCAGCAUUUGGGAUAUGUUUAUGCGCCCUACUUAUUCAAAUAUUCUUUGUGAUCUCCAGAUAUAGAUUAUAUGAAAAAACGGUUGAUCUCGAUUUAAAAUUUGAAAACGCUCCAUUUCCGUCGAUAACAAUAUGUAAUUUGAACCCUUAUAAACGAAGUGCAAUUCAAGCGAAUCCCAGUACGCGAGCAAUGAUAGAAGCAUACACAAGAAAAAUUGGUUCCGGCGAGAAAUCGGAAGGUAUCGCCGCCGCUUUAUCACAUCACGGCGCACUUCAUGCCAAAGUGCGAAGGGCAAAACGGAAAGCAAAGGGAAAAGCGCGUUUGAGAGAUCGACGAUAUCAUCAGGCUCUCGCUCAAUGCUUAUGCGAUAUUAAUCCGAUAAGUGCUGAGAGAAAAGGAUCGUGUUUUGCUGCAUUCAAAGGAAAAAUUGAGAUCGAUACCAACACGACCUUCGGACUUUGGAAUCUUCACACUUCGAGAUGUCUCUGCCAACUCGAUAUGGUUUCUAAAACCCUUUGGCCGUGCUUUCCAUAUAGUUCGUGGAAAGAAAAACUAUGUUCUGAAUGUGUUGACAGCACGGGACACUGUCCGAUGAGGUUCUAUAAAGGAAACGAGGCUUAUGAGAAUAUCAAAGAUCAAGUCGAUUUGUGUCUUUGUCACAAGGAAUACAACCAUUGUGUGUCAACAAGAGAUGACGGAGUCAUCAUAGAAAUCGAUCCAAAUGAGGAGAUUAACAACAUCGAUAUUGGGCUCAAGAUCGCCAAUCAGUUGUUAGAAGCGGAGAAAAAAGCGGCUACGACAACGACAACCGAAGCUCCAGCAGUAACGGAAGCACUCGGACUAGAAGAGCUAAAUGAUGAUAUUGCGAUUACUUCACAAGCCCAAGAAAAUCUCAUGUUCGCCGUAGGUGAAAUGAGCGAGUCUUCAAAGGAAACAAUGUCUUACAAUAUGGACGAACUCAUUCUAAAGUGUUCUUUCAAUCAAAAAGAUUGCAGUUUAGAACGAGACUUUAAACUUCAUUACGACAACACAUUUGGCAAUUGUUACACUUUCAACUUUAAUCGAACAGCUGAGGUCUCAUCGCACCGUGCUGGAGCAAAUUACGGAUUGCGUGUCUUACUCUACGCCAAUGUCAGCGAAUAUUUGCCAACAACCGAAGCCGUUGGUUUUCGAAUAACUGUGCACGAUAAAUUCACGGCUCCGUUUCCGGACGCUUUUGGAUAUUCUGCUCCAACCGGGUUCAUGUCGUCAUUCGGCGUUCGAUUAAAACAAUUCAUUCGUCUAAAACCGCCUCAUGGUCAAUGCAGCGAUGGUGGUGAAGACUCAAUUCAUUUCGUCUAUACUGGAUUCAAUUAUUCUGUCGAGGCAUGUCAUCGAAGUUGUGCACAAAAAGUGAUGAUUGAGAAAUGCGGAUGUGCUGAUCCGAUGUAUCCGAUUCCCAAAAUCCAUAUGGAUAAGGGGAUCAAGGCAUGCCAAGCAAUAGAUAUGAUUCAACGUGAAUGUCUUCGGAAUACUACACUUUACCUCGGCGAACUCUAUUCGAAGGGAAAAGACGUCAUUCCCGAUUGUUUCUGUCAUCAACCGUGUCAAGAAACAAAUUAUGAGGUAACCUACUCGUCAGCCAGAUGGCCAUCAGGAUCGGCAAAAGUGAUGGAGUGUUUGCCGGGAGAUUUGAUGUGUCUUGAGAAAUACCGGAAAAAUGCAGCCAUGGUUCAAAUUUUCUACGAGGAAUUGAAUUAUGAGACAUUACAAGAAAGUCCAGCGUAUUCGCUUACUUCUGUUCUUGCUGACGUUGGUGGUUUGACGGGUUUAUGGAUUGGAGCCUCAGUCGUUUCAUUACUUGAAAUAUUCACUCUUGGAGUCUUUUUAACGCAAUCCUAUGUUCGGAAACGUAAAGGGUCAAUAUCUGCUCAAUCUCAUCACAGCAUACCGACGCACAAAUCUUCACGAGUGUCUCUCAACACGAUUCACAAGAGCAGCACUUCUCAAAGCAUCAAACUCUCAGUUGUCGAUCUACGAUCUGUGCGUUCCAUGCAUUCAAACCACUCUUCUAAAUCAAAACAGUCAAUACUAAUUGAAGAUCUUCCACCUGCGAUUCAAGAACAAAGCAACGAUGACGAGGAAGAUGAAUCAACAACUGAAUCAUCUCGAACAAACGCUUCAUGCCGAUAUUUGGCUCCCGGUGAAGAUUUGCCGUGUUUGUGCAAGUACCAUCCAAAUGGAACAAUUCGGGUUAUGAAGGCGUUAUGUCCAGUUCAUGGAUACAUGGUUAGGAGAAACUACGAUUACAGUUUAUCAAACAGCGAAGAAGAGCAAGAAGACGAAGUUCAUCAAGAAGAGCCAUAUUUCUCGGAACCGUUUAGGCGAAGAAGCACAAAAUCUCGUCGCUCAUUAGGAGAAACUUUGCAUAUGGAAGCACAUAAUGAUCCAAAUGAUGGCGGAAGAGAUGAUCCCGAAAACUGA